AUGGAGGCAGCCGAAAACGCAAAGGACAGAGAUGAGGAAGCCUGCAGUCCGACCGUGAGUGAUCCACCUGGAGUUUUUGAAGCAUUGGAAGAGGAUUGCUAUAUUUUCAACCUUGAAAUUGUCAGCUUGUACUUUUCACCGAAAUGGUUCCAAACAAUGACUUCCAGGAAAGUCUGGAUGACAACUGAGAAUAGAACAGUGACCCUGGAGAGACAGGCGACUUCUAGGAAAGACUGGAUUCACGGUGUACAGUGGGUCGGCUCCCCGCUGUGCAGUCUUCGCGAGAAGACACCCGCCAAAACUGCUACAACACAACCGAACGAAGAAUACCCCCAGGGUCUUCCGAGAGGGGGGGAGGAUGAAAGACCUAAUAGGACUGAUUUCACGGUAACGAACACGGAACACAAACGGACUACGAGUGAGACUGAUAACAGCACAGCCAUCAUGUGCCCCUGUGGCAAGAUGUGCAAGAACAGGAGGGGGAUGAAAAUCCACCAGACUCGAAGUGGCUGUCAGCUACGGAAUACACAGGAACAACGCACAGUUAACCCUGGUGAGACGGGGGAGAUAUCUAGUCAGGUGCCGAACCACAGUGCUACUUGUCUCUCAGCUCCCGUGCAUUCCUUAACUGCAUAUGACAUCAAGAACGGUACAGCAAAUCCCACAGACCAAACAGAGCCGUCUGAGGAGCCAAUUCCUCCCACUGGAGAUGGAGAAGAGUCCCCAAUAUUUCGAACAGAUCGACCAAGGGUGACUUCAGGAGGUAGUUCUCCAAUCUUUGCACAAAGUAGACAGAGUACAACUCCACUCCAUGAAACACAGGAAGUACCAGACCAAGGGCAAGCUGAAUCAGACUCAAGACCACGACAACCGACAUCAAGCGACAGAAAACCGAAGAUCGCAUGGCCCAAUACCAACGACAGUAGCUGGAAGACGUUUGACGAUGACUUGGACCUGAUCCUUCAGUCAACAUUGUCAGGUGCUGUGGAAAGGAAACUACAAGUGUUGCCUUCCAUAGCCUACACCCUUGGAAGAGAGAGGUUCGGAGAAGUGAAGAAAGGAGAGUCAAGGAAGUCUCAACCGCGCCCAAACAGAAGGCAGUGUGAGAUCAAGAGGCUCCGGACAGAACUCCGUACUUUACGUAAGCGUUUCAAGGGUGCCAACCAGACUGAGAGAGAAGGUCUCGCCCAGUUGAGAGAACAGCUGAGGUCACGCCUGAAGACCCUCACUACGGCAGAGAGAGUGGCCAAAAAGAGGAAGACCAAAGCAAAGAAGAGAGCCGCCUUCAUAGCAAAUCCUUAUAGAUUUUCUAGGGACCUACUAGGAGGGGAAAAAUCAGGAAAGAUGGAGAGUAGUAAGACCGAAGUGGAGCAGCACCUACGGGAUGUACACUCAGACCCCAAGAGGCACGACCCGCUAGGCAACUGUGACAGAAUUCUUCCUGUUGAAGAACCAUCAAUUCCACUAGAUCUGAAGGAACCAACAUUUAAAGAAGUGACAAGUGUUGUUAUGAAGGCCCGGUCAUGUUCAGCUCCUGGACCGAGUGGCAUUUCCUACAAAGUUUAUAAAAAGUGCCCCAAGCUUCUGAGACGUCUCUGGCAACUGUUGAAAGUGGUAUGGAGGAAGGGAACAGUUCCCGACUGCUGGAAACAAGCCGAAGGUGGCUUUGUGCCCAAGGAGAAAGACUCUAAGACAGUAAAGCAGUUCAAGAUAUUCUUCUCAAUACUGGCCAACCGCAUGUCCUCGUACAUGUUAAGCAACCAGUACAUCAACACCUCAGUCCAAAAGGGAGGAAUACCCGGUUUCUCGGGGUGCGUGGAGCACACCAGCGCUCUAACGCAGCUGCUUCACGAGGCCAGGAUCAACCACAAAGAUCUCAGUGUCAUUUGGUUAGAUCUUGCGAACGCCUAUGGAUCGAUCCCACACCAACUGAUCUUGGAAGCUCUGCACCACUACCACAUCCCGGAUCAUGCCACAAAACUCAUCCAGAGUUACUUCAGCAACAUUCACCUGAGGUUCUCUUGUGAACAGUUCACAACAGACUGGAUUGAGCUACAGAAAGGCAUUGUGACUGGAUGUACCAUCUCUGUUAUACUGUUUGUGAUGGGCAUGAACAUCAUCAUCAAGGCAGCAGAGGUGGAAACACGAGGCCCAAAGACCAACUCUGGUAUCCGCCUACCAUCCAACCGUGGGUUUAUGGACGACAUGACCGUCACGACGGAAACUCACAUCCAAGCACGAUGGGUACUCACGGCACUAGAGGAAACAGCGACAUGGGCCCGAAUGCAGUUCAAGCCAGCCAAGUCACGAAGCCUGGUGAUUAAGAAAGGAAAGGUCACGGAAAGAUUCAAGAUGACCAUACAGGGAGAGGACAUCCCAUCCCUGUCCAACAAUCCAGUCAAAUGCUUGGGAAAGUGGUUCGACGCCACACUAUCAGACAAGAGCAGUCAAGCCCGUCUUCAACAACAGGCGGAGGAGGGGUUGAGAAGAAUAGACAAGUGCGAUCUUCCGGGGAAAUUCAAGGCUUGGGUGUACCAACACAAUCUACUUCCCAGACUCGUUUGGCCAAUGAUGGUUAACGAUAUUCCAACCAGUACAGUAGAGAAGCUGGAGCGGACUGUCAGCAAGCACCUAAGAAGAUGGUUAGGCCUGCCUCCAUCUUUCACCAACAUAGGUCUCUACAGCAAGACAGCAGAGCUACAGAUGCCCAUCAACUCUAUUUUAGAGGAAUUCAAAGUUGCUAAGACCAGACUUCUGCUAACGCUGCGAGAUUCCAAAGACGAGAAGAUCAGCGGCGCUGGCAUCGAGGUUAGGACUGGGCGAAAGUGGUCAGUGCGUCGUGCGGUGGAGCUUGCAGAGAGCAGUCUCAAGCACCAAGACAUUGUGGGAAGCACCAAAGAUGGAUGGGAGUCUUCAACACAGCAGGAAAGAAGAUCCCUAGUACAGACCGAGAUCAGGAAAGAAGCAGAGCAGGAAAGAAUGUCAAGGGCAGUCCAGCUAGGACCACAGGGAAACUGGACAAGAUGGCAGGUUCCAGAAAGGAAAUUAUCCUGGCAAGAGAUCUGGCAGUACGAGCCACUCAGACUGAGUUUCCUGCUUCGUUCUAUCUACGACAUGCUCCCAUCUCCUACCAACCUGUACCAGUGGAAGCUGAUUGACGACCCGGCAUGUCCAUUGUGUGGUUCACCAGGAUCACUCAAACAUGUACUCUCAUCAUGCCCCACAGCCCUAUCUGAGGGGCGCUACAGAUGGCGUCAUGACCAGGUCCUGUCUGAGGUAGCCCACGUCCUUGAGGCCGAAAGGAAGAAAGAGAGACCGAGGCCAAACCAGAACCCCUACAUCGGGUUCCUGAAGGAGGGAGAACAAGUACCCAAGUCAGCCCCAGCAUCGACCGGAAUCCUGAAUGAAUCCAGGUCAUGGGAAAUGAAGGCUGACCUAAAGGAACAACUACAGUUCCCCCAGGAGAUCGCCCAGACUACCCUCCGGCCAGACAUUGUGAUAUGGUCCAGGAAUCCUAAAUGA